UGUCGAUGGCAUGGUGCUAGCAGCCGCGGCAGAAAUACCGCUGUCACGAGAAAACCAAAUACUUCAGGGCAAAUUCGGAAAUCUAUUAUAAAACAGUAGACUAAUGUAGAUUUCUAAAUUACAUUUUGAACAGUCCAGUACCCGACCUCAGGUUUUGAGGUUGCUAAUUCAGCUCCAAGGUUAGCGGGCUAACGAUAGCCGAUUAACGCUAAACUACUUUUGGCUAACGGUAACUCGGUGCCCAACACACAGCUCUUACAUUCUCCGGAUAAGUUUUACGAAAAAACGACCGCUUUCGGGAGAUAGCAUGGCAGAAGCCGACAAGUUGAACAUCGACUCGAUUAUACAACGUCUGCUGGAAGUGAAAGGCUCCAGACCUGGGAAAAAUGUUCAGCUGACAGAGAAUGAAAUCCGUGGUCUCUGCCUCAAAUCCCGGGAGAUCUUCCUCAGCCAGCCAAUCCUGCUCGAACUUGAGGCGCCCCUCAAGAUUUGUGGUGAUGUUCAUGGACAGUACUACGACCUGCUGAGGCUGUUUGAAUACGGGGGCUUUCCACCAGAGAGUAACUACUUGUUCCUGGGAGACUAUGUAGACAGAGGCAAGCAGUCCCUGGAGACCAUCUGCCUGUUGCUGGCCUACAAGAUCAAAUAUCCCGAAAACUUUUUUCUGCUGAGAGGAAACCACGAGUGCGCCUCCAUUAACAGAAUAUAUGGCUUCUAUGAUGAGUGUAAGAGGCGAUACAACAUAAAGCUGUGGAAGACCUUCACUGACUGCUUCAACUGUUUGCCUGUUGCCGCCAUUGUUGAUGAGAAGAUCUUCUGUUGCCAUGGAGGCCUGUCCCCGGACCUCCAGUCUAUGGAGCAGGUGCGAAGGGUCAUGCGCCCCACUGACGUGCCUGACCAGGGCCUGCUCUGCGACCUGCUGUGGGCGGAUCCAGACAAGGACGUGCUGGGCUGGGGGGAGAACGACCGCGGCGUCUCCUUCACGUUUGGUGCCGACGUGGUCACGAAGUUCCUCCACAAACACGACAUGGACCUCAUCUGUCGAGCCCAUCAGGUGGUCGAGGACGGAUACGAGUUCUUCGCCAAGAGGCAGUUAGUAACUCUCUUCUCGGCUCCAAACUACUGCGGGGAGUUCGACAACGCCGGGGCCAUGAUGAGCGUAGACGAGACCCUCAUGUGCUCGUUCCAGAUUCUCAAACCUGCCGACAAGAAGCUGUUCUAUAACAGCGGAGGGGCCAUUGGCUCCGGACGCCCCGUCACUCCUCCCAGGAAAGCCAAGAAAUGACACCAGUAGUUUGCCCUUGACCUUUGACCCAGCCCUCCUGCCCUCUCUACCUCUCUUCUCCUUUCUCUCACCAAACAGCCAGAAAUCAAACCUAUACCCAGGGCUUUUUUUCCUUUUUUAUCUGUACUUGUUAAAACAUUUAAUGUUACGAAUUGUCUGAGUGUGUGUGUGCGCGCGCGCGCGCGUGGGCAGACCACAAGCGUGUCCCGUCUGCAGGUGAGCAUUAAAAAUCAUGUGUGCACGUGUACAUUUUGUGUGAGAGUAUUAGAGAUUUAUACUUUCCCCUCGCUCUUGCCACUCUUCCCGUGGAAAGGUUGAAACCACAGUGUCUGUCUGUACAGUAAUUUGACUGAAAACGCAGUGGGCGCCCGCUGCCGCUGUCACCAUGGAUUUAGCAGCAGACCCCUGCCAGCAGGUGGUGUGUGUGUGUGUGUAUGUGUGUGUGUCCCAGUGGAGGAGAGGGGGAGUGUUCCGGUUUCCCUGUCCUCUGUACUGUAAAAUCUCCGCCACAGGGGUGUGCAUGCAGUGCUCUGCCUGUUGGAGAGCGACGUCUCGACGGAGAGCGCCGCCCAAUCAGAGCAGGCACGCACCUACUCUCCUUCAUCUCACACACACACACACACCACACACACACACGCACGCACGCGACUCUUCAGAUUCAUAUGAGCCAGAGCUGUAAAAACCCCAUACAGUUUAGGUUUGUACAGAUUUGAUUACUUGAAAGAGAUUUUUUGUGAAUUCGUUUUGUAGUCUUUCAUCAAGUUGACCAAUAAAGCGCGAAUCUGAGCUGCACCG